AGGAAAUAUGAUGCUGUGCUUUCGCUCAGCACGGAAGAGAAAGACUGAAUGCUAGUCACAGAAUUUGGUCUCAUGUUAAAGUGAAAUGUUCAUCAUCUGUUUCAAUCUGCUCCUCUUUUCCAGCAUCUCCAUCUCCACAGUUGUUGCUGGUUCUAAAGAAACCGUCGUAGGACUCAGAGGACACAGACUUGACAUCAACUGCAGCUAUGAAGCUGGAUAUGAAUCAAACUUUAAGUAUUUCUGUAAAGGUGAAUGUAUCUAUGGAUUCAGAAACAUCAUUGUUGAAUCAGGAUCUCCAGCCAAAGACGAGAGAUUCUCUCUGACUGAUAACAAGAGCAGAAGAGUUUUCACCGUCAGCAUCAGUGACCUGAGAUCAGAAGAUGAGGGACUAUACUGGUGUGCUGUGGAGAGGAGUUUACCUUUAACUGAUGUCUAUUCAGAGAUACAGGUUCAGGUCAAACUGGAUAAUAAGACCACUGAGGUUUCUACUGUCAGCUCUUUUUCAAUCACACCGUCAUAUUUCAGCACAACAGAACAGAAACAACACUCUACCAGCAUCACCAUCACAGAAAGAAGAGAGACCUCCACAGAUCAGAUCUUCUGGACAGAUGUGUCUUCUGUCUCUGGGGGUCUGGGUUCGGUUCUGGUGGUUCUGGUGGUUCUGGUGAUUCUGCUGGUUCUGGUUCUGUGUUCUCUAAUGUUCUUCGUCCUGAAAAAAAGGAAGAGGAAAUCUGGGACAGUUGAGCAAAAUGUGCAGCACAAUACAGAGAGUGUCCACAUAUAUGAGAUUGUAAAGAGUGAUCCUGGACCAUCUGAUGUCAUCACUGCAGCAUCUCCGUCCAAUCAGACGCCUUUAUCACAUCUCAACUCCCGCCCACACGUCUCUGUUGUUUAUGCAUCUGUAACCAAUCAGCAGCCAGAUUCAAACUCUGGUUACACUCACUCGACCAAUCAGGUGACAGAUACGGACUGUGAUGAGUAUGUCAUAUUGAAUCUUCCUGAACCAGCAUCAGACAAAAGAACAGAAAUGAUCUACUCAACAGUGACUCAUCUACAAAACACCAAGACAAACGACGGCCAGAUAUAUUCAGAGAUCAAACAUACAUAACAUACUGUCGAAGCUUGUUUUUGCAAGGUUUUUUUUAUGUUUGAAAUAUGUUUUUGACACAUUUAUGGCAAAGCUGAGUUUAACUAAAGUCUAAUCUGUAACGUUAAUAGAUCUUAAUAAACUUUAACAGACUUUAAUCUUACUAACAUGCAAAUGCAAAUAAAUGCAAAAAUAAAUGAUGUGAACUGCA